AGGAAAAAAAAACUCAGCAGCAACUUCCAUGCACGGACAGGCGCUCACGCAACAGCACCAGCAAUCAAAAAGAAAACGUUUGUAUGACCAAAUGUGUAUACGAACUCUGUGUUGAUAUCGUCGAUCUUUCUCUCUCUUUUUGUUUGUAUGUGUGUGGACGAUUCCCAAAUCGACACGCACGCCGACGAACACAAACAUACGCAAAUUAAAUUUAUUCGGGUGUGUGUGUGUGUGUUGUCUUUGCCUCUGCGAGCCCACGUGAGACGUGCUGUGACGCUUGUCUUGUGGUACUCUCUCCUUCCCGCACACGCGCCAGAACGUUGCGGCUGAGGAACGUCCUUUUCUUGUUGCCGCACUUAUCUGUUUUCUCUCUCUUUCUUUGACUUACUGCUCUGUGUGCUUUCGUUUUUUUUUUCGGAAAGGAUUUAUUGCAGUGCAUCGCUACUGCUGCUGCCUUUCUCCUUCCCUAUUUUUCAGUACAUGUGUGUGCGUGCGUGUGUGGGUGGGUGUGCAUUUCUCUGAGCACCUCCACACCUGACAACGGCACCACCGCGCAACUACUGCGCCUUUUUUUUGUUUGGUUGGUUGGUUAUUCGACGACGUUCAAGUAGAGAGGACACAGAAGAAAGGAGCGGGCGCAAUGAAGCGCUGGGCGCUGGCCGCAAAGGCGAGGGAAGAGGACAAAUCGAAUGAGUCGGCGGCGAAUGCCAUGGCGGAGGGCAAACCGGAGAAGCCCGUUGUAGUCAAGGUGCCGCCGCGGCCUCUCCUCGACGUCGCCAUUACACUGGAGCGCUUCAACCCAAACUUCUGCGUCACCACCUGCUCCAUCGUUAUCAUCGCGAUGGUGAUGGGCAGCUGCUUCGUCGUGCUAGGGAUUCCACCCCUCUUCCUCGACGACUGGAAAGGCAAGCGCAUCUACGUCGGCAUCAUGGUGCCCCUCCUCACCCUCCUCUGCACCGUGCUUCUCUACUACGUCAUGCAGCAGCCGCAGCGGACGUUUAACACGGCGCUGAUGAGGAUGGUGCGAGACAUGGAGCACCACUCCAACUACCUCAGCACCGCCGUCGACCACGUUGAAAGGGAGCUCAACGCGCGCGGCGUCAACAUCGGCGCGAUGGCAAACUCGUCCUCGUUCGGUGGGCGCCCGCGCGGCAAUCUGGCGACGCCCGAUGAGUCCUCGCUGCAGCAGCCGCAGCCGCAACAGCAACGGGCGCAGCAAACCGGCGGCGGAGCGGGGACCUCCCCGCAGACGGCAACGCUCCACAGCAGGGGCAGCUUCGGCGCCGCCACGGGGGGCUCCGACUUCCUGCGCGGCAUCGACAGCCUAGAGGAGAGCCACGACAUGGUGAUCGCCACUGUGCACGUAGGGAAGGAGUGGAAGUGGUUUAAGGAUGUUCUCGGGCAGCUGAAGGAUACAACACUGGGCGGGCCGACCUUCCCGAGUUUGGCCUACCAGCGGGUGAUGGUGCGGAUGCUGAGCACCGCUAUCGCACGCGUGGAAAAGCUGAUCUUGUCCCUCUACUUUUCUUCCUUCUUGCUGCACCGCGUUAACGCCAUCGCCCCGCUGAACCUGUGGGGGGCGUCGGCGGCCUCCGUCGGGACGGCGGAUUGGAAUCGCGGCGACAUGCACUCCCGCGCGGAGGCGGCGCUGAUGAAGAGUGCGAUGGCGCACCCUUCCGGCAACAACGUGUCGACCCCGCAUCGACGUCAGCUGAGGCUUCCCGGCGACGCUGGUGAGUCGCCCACGGAAAGCACCUUCACCUUGGGCAACAUGCACCUCAGAGACAGCGAGGCAGCCGAUUUAGAGAGUCCCGUCUUCUCCGCUGCCGGCGCGCUCGACGUGCGCCACGAUGAGGAGACGCACACGGAGCUGACGCCGCCGAGUCAACAAAAAGGUUUUACGCUCGGCUCCAACGUGAUGCUUCCACAGUUUACACCGCUGAUCGGCAGUGGCGAGAUGACGCCGACAGGGAAGCCGCAGCGUCAGGGAGGAUCGCCAACGACGGCGGUAGCACCUGCAACAACAAAGGAUGCAGCAGGGAAAAGGGAAGCGCCGAUGGCGGUGGGCGCGGCGGCUCCUGCGGCCUUUGACAGCAAGAACUCCCGGCACUCCGACUCGACCAUGGCGGCUGCUCCGUUUCAGCUCUCCACCACCAAGGCCGACGUCGCAGCGAAUCACGUUGCGCCGAGCGACCACCACCCCCCGCGCUCCGCAUCGGACGAGGACAUCCUCGUAGACGUCGACGUGGAAGGGGAGUCGGUGCCGCUGGCAAGGAUGCGCCGCAGUCGUCAAGCUGCUACGAAGGGUGGCGACGGCAACAACGUCAAGGGAGGCGGGCUGUUGGCGCCUCGUCCUGCCGUUUCUGCCCAGCAGCCGCAGCGUCCGCAUCACGUGGAUGCAACACCGAAUAAACAGCAUCCACAGCAGCAGCAGCAGCUCGCGGCAUUUGACCUGGCGGACUCACCGUUUCCUCUCGGCUCGCCAUCCGCCUCCCCACCGCCGGUGAAACCACCUCUGCCGCCGUCACCGUCGUCGCAGCACCCACCGCCGCCGCAGGUGACGGGGCGCCACCAUACUCGUCAGCCUGGCUCGGCCGUCGUGCCCAACCCGUCGCUUACGCUGCAUCGCGGAGCGCGGUUCGUGCACGACGAAGACACCUUUUUUAUCACCAUCCUCGUGCAUGUGCGGAAGGCGCGGCUGACCUGCUUUUCACGCCUCUACGCCGCGCAGGCACACGUCAAAGACGAUGGGAAGGAACGGAAGCACUACUUUUCGAAGACGGAUGACGCGGGUGGGGGGCGAAAGGGCGGAGGCGGUGGCGGCAGCAGCAGCGGCGGUCCUUUUACGCUCUUUCACAUUUCGGAUGUGGCCGGCGAGCGGGAGGGGCUGACGCUGCAGGAGCAGCGACUGCUGAGCGUGGCGUACUGCAGACCUGAAAACCACCCCGAAAGGGGCUCCGACGGACGCCGGCAACCCACCGACCUCUCCUCCUUGGCCGUCAAAGACAGGCAGGGCAGCGGGGGAUCAUUGCCGGGAACGGAGGAGACGCCUAGUCCGCCCAACGGUCUGUCAGAGCGCCACGUCACGUCCGUUUAUGCAGAGGAAGUGGAUUCCUUCAUCGUCGCCUUGACGCUCUUGGCCGAUCGACCAAUGCGGCUCACUUUCCUGCCGACGCACAUCGAGACGGUGGCGCACAAAGACCAGUCCUCCACCGUGAGCUCCAGCUUGACCUCCCUCUCACCGAAAGCGGCACGAGGAGCCGCGUCGAACCAGCGACAUGGGGCAACAGCUGCGGCGGGCGCGAUAAACCCUGAGCAGGACGGCCUCAUUCCGCCGCUGAGGACGGUGCCGGUGCUGGAGUGUGUGAUUGAUGACGUGUUGUGUGUCCUGACGCGGGUGGAGGUGAUGGUCGACUCGGCGUUCGAGACGCCGUCGAGAAUUCUACUUGUCGGCGUGUCGCUGGAGGAUGUCUCGGAAGGCUCGGAGAGGGGCGUGGGGGAUGAUGAUCUGGAUAGCCUGGAAGAGACGCACAGGACGAGAAAGCCGGCGCAGUCGAGUCCGGACAACUCACCGAACGAUCGCCACGGAAGCAGCAUGGCGACCUCGCGCACGCAGACGUUGGAGGGACUCACGCCCGGGACGACGGCGGCGGGCUACGUGCACACGUGUACGGUGGGUCAGGAGUUCCACGAGGUCAUCACCGUGGAGGCGGACUCCGUCUCUGAAGAGCCUUCGCCGCCGUCUCCGUAG